CUGCCGUUAUUUUUUUUAACACUGACACUUAUCUAAUGUUUGACAAUAGUCGAUACGUUACAAAGUUACAAACAAAGUUGUUUUUGAAUAUUUUUCUUUUCCAGCGCUUGUAUAUUUAUAAUUUAAUUAUUUUGAACUGUAAUUUAUUAAUUCGUGUUUCGAACAUUAAGAAACUAUAAUGAGUGAACCAACUGAUUUAUUGGAGCCUGAAGAUUCUUUAAAAGAUACAAAAAGUAACGAUACACCAUUAAGAAAACAGAAAAUAGAAGAUUACUUUGUCCGAGAUGGUAAGAAAAAUCAAUUAUCCAGAAGUGUGCAAGUCAACUUGGAUGCAAUAAGCUUAAAAGAUGAUGUAGCCUUGCGCAUACAAAGUAACAACUAUUGGUAUAUACAAGCAGAAGAAAAAAGGAAAGAGCUAGAAUCGGCUCUUAAAGAGAAUGAAAGACUGUGUCAACUUAAAGCAACUUUAAAGGAAGAGAAUUUAUAUUACAAACAAAUGCUGGAUGAAGUACAAAGUUUCAUGGAUGUAUAUAAAGAGGUAACAGAUGAUGCAGGCAAUGAUACUGGAAUAGACUUAGGUGCCUCUGAUGAGUCUCAAAAUAUCAGCUGUUAAAUGUGUAACCAAUGAAAUCCCUUUACAAGUACCUUAAUUCCUAGCUUUUUUUAUUAUUAUUAUGUUAUUUAAUGACCCAAGUGUGUAAUCCAAUGAUUAAGUGAUUUGUUUUAUUUUAAUUUUAUAAUGUACCUCACUAAUUAAAUAAUAAAUG